CGCCGCAGCGCAUUGCACAUUUCAAGCUUCAAAAUGGCGGACGUGUUAGAUUUGGACGGAGGCGAAGAUUUUGAGGUUGAUGAAGAAGGAGAUCAGAGUGUCCAGAAGCUGAAGGAACGAGCUCGGAAGAGGAAAGGCCGUGGCUUCGGCGCAGAUGGCACUGCCCGCGAAGACAUUCAGGAAUAUGAAGCCAUGGACACGGAUGAAAACGACGAACCUGGCCCACAGAGAUCGGUGGAAGGCUGGAUCCUGUACGUGACGGGAGUGCACGAGGAAGCUCAGGAGGACGACAUCUACGAGAAGUUUGCAGAGUACGGGGAGAUAAAGAACCUGCAUCUGAACCUGGACAGACGGACAGGCUUUCUCAAGGGUUACGCCCUGGUGGAGUACGAGACGUUCAAGGAGGCGCAGGCGGCCAUCGACGCCCUCAACGGCGCCAAGAUCCUGGACCAGACCAUCAGUGUGGACUGGUGUUUCGUCAAGGGCCCCACCAAGAAGAAAAGAAGUCAUCGCCGCAGGGACCGAUCCUCAGACAGGAGACGCCGCUGAACACACCGCCCCCGACUUCGCCACGCUUCAACCUAGACCGAACAUUGUACCACGCACCACCUGGAAUAAAACAUUUGUGUCCUUUUUCGCGAA